AGAGAUCAGAGGCCAGAGACCUUUACUCAUACUCUGAACACUGAAUCCAGGGCCAACAGCAUGGACGCUGGAGGGAGCCAGAAUGACAGACUGUCAAAUGAAUGGGUCCUAAUCCUGGGCUCUUGGAUCAUUGAAACCUCUUCUGCCACAUGCCUUGAAACCAGUCAUUCAAGCUAUUUCUGACUUUUAAGAUUAAGACUGUCACUUUAGAAAGUGAAAGGCAAGAGGGACAGGAAGGAGGAUUUCCCAGAGUGGUAUGAUCAGGGGAUUUUGGGGAAGCUGGAGUUGCUUAGAUAUAAGAAAGCCUAAAGCAGCUGGUAAGUGGACAAGCUGAAACCACUGCACUCCUCCUUCUUGGUCUCCUACAGAAGCUCUAAGCUAUGGGAUCUCCUGCCACCAGGCCCAUCCCCGCCAUGACUUGGAGGCUGGCUCUGGCUCUGAGCUGGGCCUCCUGUGGACACCAAAGAGUUUGGACAAAAGUAGAAGAGUCCCCAAACCCCCUGUCUGUGCAGUGUUGGGCUGUGAGGUAUCCCAAAGCCAUAGACUGCUCCUGGACCACCAACAAAGCAACAGAGAUGACUCCUGAGCCGGAUCUGCAAGCCUCAUUUAUUGCUACUUACAGGUUCGGGAUGAUCACCCAAGGAGAGACACAUCCCUGCCUCCAGCCUUCCCCUGAGGCCCAGAGCUGUGUCAUCCCCGACAUCCAGAUGUUCUCCAUGAUCCCCUACAUACUCAAUAUCACAGUGAUCACUCAGCAAGGAACCAGAAGUAAAUUGGUCCCCUUCAUUGCAGAGCAUAUAAUUAAACCCGACCCCCCGGAAUCUAUGAGUGUGAGUCCUAUCCCUGGCAAGCAACUCCGGGUGCAGUGGGAACCCCCCCAUUCCUGGCCUUUCCCCAGGUAUUUUCCACUCAAGUACCUGAUCCGUUACCAGCGACAGGGGGCCAAGAGAUUCCAACAGGUGGGGCCAACUGAGGAAACAUUCUUCAUCCUGCAAGGCUUGCGCCCCAGGACCCAAUACCAAGUACAGGUUGCAGCUGGUGACUUUAUGGACUAUGGGGAGCUAAGUGCCUGGAGCACUGCAGUGGCUACCACCCAUGGCAGCAAGUAG